AUGUUGCAGGCGGCCAAGUUGCCGGAAGAAGAGAGGCAGGCUGUGAGCAUCGGCCAAAGUGCUGUUUACAGAGCAGCCUGGGCAGCGCACUACCGCACAAGGUUCAUGAAGGAAAUGCAGGGCGAUUCCGAGCCGGCUGCGCCGGCCGUGCCGGCUGCGCCGGCCGUUCCGGCGGAGGCGAGUGGCUGGAGGAUGGCUCCCACGGCCCUGGAGAUGUUUGAAUGA